CCUCUGCUCUAUGUCCCUGGAACAUUCUUGUACUUUUUAAUUCAGCUAAUAGUAAGAUCAACUUUGUACUUUUUAAGGUUUUCAGUGAAGCAGGAAUACCACCUUAUCUGGCUGACUGUGGACCUGGAGCUGGCACUUCAGCCCCAGCCCUCUACCAGGUUAUUGCUCCACCUCACUCCCCGCUCCAACUAACUGCUGUACACACAGGCUUUCAAACAGACCACUAACAGAACUUGAGCGCGUGUUUGUUUUUUUUUAAAUCCAGAUGGAAUUUGAACUCCCAUGAUCUGAACCGUGAAGUGAAAUAACAGUAGUGAGGCUGUCCAGUGUGGGCAAUGGAUGAGGAGGCAGCAAAUGCAGACGCUAGCAGAUCCCCGGCAUCAGAAAACCAGCCUCUUGCAACCGACCUACCAAAUCCAUUGAUGGGUGAUUUUGUUUCUGACUGGUCUCCUAUACAUGAUGCUUCCCUUCACGGGGGACUGCUUGCCCUGAAGAAACUCAUCCAUCAGGGAGCCAGUGUGAAUCUCAUGACAGCAGACUAUGUAUCUCCUCUUCAUGAAGCUUGCUUAGGGGGACAUUCUGCAUGUGUCAGCAUUUUAUUGAAGCACGGGGCCCAUGUAAAUGCUGCAACUAUUGACUGGAAUACUCCAUUGUUUAAUGCUUGUCUUAGUGGCAGUGCAGACUGUGUGAACCUCUUACUGCAGCAUGGAGCCAGCCCACAUCCAGCGUGUGACCUAGCUUCGCCUCUCCAUGAAGCUGCUCAGAGAGGUCACACCAAAUGUGUGGAAUCCCUUGUAGCCCAUGGAGUCAAGAUUGACCACAACAUAAAGCAUCUUGGUACUCCACUUUAUGUAGCUUGUGAGAAUCAGCAGUUGGACUGUGCCAGAAAAUUACUUGAGUCAGGAGCAAGUGUAAAUAGUGGGAAGGGUCUGGAUUCUCCUCUCCACGUGGCUGCUAAAACUUCCAAUGCUGACAUGGUUCAUUUACUCCUUGACUUUGGAGCAAGCACCAGGGCCAAGAAUGCUGAGGGCAAAACCCCAACAGAACUGGCUCCACCCAACAGCCAUCUUGCACAGAUAUUUCUGCAGAGAGAAGGGCCCUUUUCCUUGAUGCAGUUAUGCCGUCUUUGCAUACGGAGAUACUUGGGAUCCAAACAACCACAGAGAAUAAGUGAACUUUUGUUACCAGAUGAGCUGAAACGGUUUCUUUUGUAUCUUUGAAUAUUUUGUAUUUGCUGCCGGAUUAUUAAAGUGUAUCAUUUCUUA